GGUGGUGGCGCUAGUGCAUUUCAGGAAACCUCUGUUGCCAAACUUCAGCUCUAGCUAAAACGCCAAGCCGGCUAUUUCUCAACUGUCUACGCUACACCGGGGGUGGCAUUUGUUUUGUUUAAAGAGCAUUCCGGUACAGAAGUUAAAAACGGACCACGGCAAAAAAGCACCACCAAACGGUAUCCAUGGUUUAUGAAAUCAACGCAUCUAAAGACUUCCGAGAGAGCCCUCCCGCAGAGUCGUGGCUGUGACGCGCCGACAGCCUUCCUGAUGGAAUCAAACAACGAUGUCGCCCUGGACAUUAUCAUUACCAACGUGGUCGCCGUGUUCAGAACGCGGUGCCAUUUGAACCUGCGCACGAUCGCAUUGGAGGGAACAAACGUCAUCUACAAGCCCGAAGUUGGGAAAGUGCUGAUGAAGCUUAGGAAGCCCAGGAUCACGGCUUCCAUAUGGUCCUCAGGAAAAAUCAUUUGCACAGGAGCUACCAGUGAAGAAGAAGCGAAAUAUGGAGCUCGUAGGUUGGCCCGCUGCCUGCAGAAGCUGGGUUUCAAGGUGAAAUUCACAGACUUCAAGGUCGUUAACGUGCUGGCCGUUUGCUCAAUGCCCUUUCAAAUCCACCUGAUUGAGUUUACAAAGAGCAACAGACCCAUUGCCAGCUAUGAGCCUGAGCUUCACCCUGCUGCGUCAUACCGGAUCAAAACCCUGCGAGCGACGGUGCAGGUCUUCUCCACCGGCAGCAUCACAGUAACAGGACCAAACGUCCGACAGGUGGCCAGCGCUGUGGAGCAGAUCUAUCCUCUGCUGUUCGAGUGCAGGAAGACUCCCAGAUAAACACUAUGCUGCUCUGUUUUUAACGUGAAAGCACCUUGAGGGGUUAGACAGACAGACAGGAUGCAGAAGUGCCGCUGCAGCGCUCUCUGUGGAAUUAAACUUUUUCAACCCGAUUGCACUGCUGGCCACACCACUCAGUGAUGUCAUUACAAGUAUUCUGCCCUUAGCUGUCUGUGGAAUAAUACCUGCUGUGACAUCACAGAUGUAGGUGUGGCCAGCGAUUUUUAUCGCAUAGGGAGCACUGCAACAGCAGUUUUCUGGCCUGUGUUGGCUAACUCUUUAAACCCCUGGAUGUUUUCUAAGCUUUUAUCAUGUGAAAUGGUCUCCGUUAAAGGGGGGGGGGGGUGGGAUUGGGGAGGGGGCUUCCACCAGUGUGUUGGGGUCCGCGUGUAAAAGACGUUUCCGGAGCCGUCCUCACGCAGGUGACGCGCGCCGACCCCCCCUCACGCUGGGUUUCCGCGGCGACGCUUUCGCGGAGCUUGCAUGUCAAAGUUCCCCUUCGUUCUUGCGUUGUCAUGUUUUCAUGCAUGAGCACCAAAGAAAGACUUUUUUAAAAACUUUUUUUUUUU